GCCACAACCGAAACGACCUUUGAACGGACAAGGGACCUUGAGUAAGGAAUCAGGUGACUGGCAUUCCCUGAGUUUAUCAUGAAUGCUCAACGCCUUUUGCGUUGCAAAUUUCGCUCCGCAUCUUGGUUUGAUGGCGAAGUACAAGAAUAGCGUCCCAGGAGUGCAAACGCUCAAAUUACCUUUUUUUCUUUAUUAAUAUAAGAAUAAAACUUUUGCACUGUGGUAGAGCGUAAUACCAUUAUGGGUAAAUUUUGUUUUGAUAAAAUCUCACAGUGUUAUACAGUGAUGUUUACUGAUGACGUUUCGAGCACAAUUUAUUGCUCAUAAUCAUAUCAAGGUAUGUGACGAUUACCAAUCAAAUCAAGUGAAAGUCAAGAGAAAAACAAUGGAGCUAUAUAAAUGAAAUUAGGAAGUCGUGUGAUUACCUUGAUAUGAUUAUGAGCAGUAAAUUGUGCUCGAAACGUCAUCAGUAAACAUUACUGUAUAACACUGUGAGACUAUCAAAACAAAAUUUACCCAUAAUGGAACUGCUUUUCUUUAGUUACCGAUUUCGUUAAUUUUUCGAAGCUAAGCUUCAAGCACCAGUAAAUACUAACAGAAUGCGACCUCUCUAACGACCUUAAAACGCUCAGCUAGCAAGUUAGUGCAAUGUGGUAAAGAAUAAUAUCAUCGUGAAUAAAAUAUGCUGAGUGGAGUGUUAUGUCAUUAAAAUAUCCUACAUGGGAUAUCUGGCAAGUUUCAGGUUAGGCUUUGGAAGAGAAGAGCAUACUGUGUAACAGUUAUAUACCAUUUUAUUAUUACUAUUAUUAUCAUAAAUAUGUGCACUUAAUGCAUAGAAAUCUCUUUUUUGAAGUAAUUAGUCGGACUGCUUAAGUGCUUGAAGUUUAGCUUCGUUGUCCACAGCAUUAUUGACUUUAAGAGACUGAUCACAGGUGUGAGCACUCAGCCUAACGCUGAGAGGUGUAUUGCCGCUUCAACUGCUGCUGAUCGUUGGUAAUCAGUAACAUGUGGUUUUCGGUCUAUAGAUACUUUGAAACCAUGCCACAUUGUUCCCCAUAAUUGAGUGUUUCGCGUAUUGUUCAAUAUUUCUUAAAUUUUCCGCAUUCAUUGGCGCUGUGCAUGCAUUUAUAGGAGCCUUAGCGUCCUUUAAUAGUUGGCAAAUAUGCAUUUCUCCGUGAUAGAAAAUAAAUAGGGAUUUUCACCAUGUGUAAAAUUCUUAGAGGCUUACUCUCAGGCUCCCUGAGAUACCGGUUCUACGUCCCUUAAUAAAAGUAAUGACACUUUGUGAGCUCAUUACAAAUAUGUGAAGUGUAUGUGUCUAUCCUCAGGAAUAUUCGCUUAUAGUGCUUGCUAUCAGCCAUUUGAGGAAGCUUGCCAGUGUGAAAAAUAACAUCUCCAAGCUGAAGAACUUCUCAAAUGUCUGCUGGUAAACGUCUUGAGUCCUUUCGACAGUAUAUCAGCCUGCCACUACACUUUGCAUGCGUGGUGAGUGUUUUGUUGCCUCAUUCUGUGUGGCUUGAAAAGUUGUCCACAGUCUAUCUUUUCGACGGUAUAACUUUUUCUAUGAGUUAUCCUACAGAAGACAGGUACUAAGGGUCUUUGAACUCCCCUGAUCAAUCCAGCUACUGCACGAAUGGUUGUGAGCUAUGUCCAUGUUGCAUUUGAAUGACUUCUCACACCACCGUGUCAGUUUAUUGUUAGUGUGGAGAUGUUGCUACUCACUUAUUCAACUUGUCAGCCUAUCUGUUGAGCGAAUUUCCUACACAACGGUCAAUUUGUCUCACAUGCCAUAUUACUGACAAUUGUGACAACAAUAGACAAAAUGCAUACUUUGACAGUUAUCGUUCCUGUGGUUACGAUUUGUGCUCUAGAAAGCGGUCUGUUAGGAUUACAACUUACACGAAAGACGGCAUACCUCAUGUGUUAUGUAACAUAGCAGUGGCCUCAUCGUAUACAGUUGCAUCCUAACCAGUCUGUCAACCUAUAGGCGUAGUAUAUCUUGCUAGACUUUGUAUCGCAUGUUUAUUUGUUGCCUGAUAAGAGGUGAUUCCAAAGUGAACUGAAACGAUUUAUUAUGACAGUUGCUGAUGGUCUGCAGGUGCAUAAACGUACCACUUGCUGUACAAAAUUCCAAAAUGGUUAAUGUUAAGGGCUGACAUCACUGCUAUUGUACAAGCGUUUACACCGAAGCAUAACAAGAUUAUCAUAUCACACAUAUGCAUUACGUGACAUGAUGGCUUACUGAGUCUUCGGUCCGUCUCUGGUGGUUACACUCAUGCUUCUUUUAUCACACAGUUGAUGGUUCAACUGACACUUGCUGCCCCAAAAUACCGAGAAUUUCUUUCCACCUUCAGACUAUUAGUUCACUAUUAAUAUCCUGUUUGAAACUGUCAUGUCCACAUAGUAUGUGAGUGAGGACACGAUAUUUUCGAAUGAGGAUAUUCAUAUCGAUGUGUAGCUAAACAGUGUUUCAUGUCAAUAAUCAAUUGCCUACCUGAAUGUUAUUAUCACAUCAGCCUGAGUGUCUCAUAUUUUCUUGUAACACUGACUGGGUAAUUAAUUUUGUCAUGUGAUACUGCUGCUUAUCUCCUAAUAAUGAAUACUUUUUCUUUCUUUUAGCAUUUCCCUCCUGAUUCUCAAGUGGUGAAAAAUGCUACAGGUUCUCAAAGAUGCUUUUAUGCGUGAAUGUUAUUGACAACGAAGAGUUUAAUUGCAUAAUUAUUAUCAUUGUUUCCUUUAAUUCCUAGAGGAACAUAGGGCUUAACUGUCCAUCUCCAUUGCGUUCGGUCCUCUGUCAACAUUUUCACCUGGCUCCACGUCUGCCCACAUCGUCCCACCUCCUCUUCACAUGACCUCCUCCAUGUUACCCUCGCACUGAUGACCAACUCGACGCUUCCCAUUUUUCUUCCACUCGACUGAUGGCAUGUCGUGUGAUGUCACUUGAUGGCUUGUUUUCUGAGAGUAUGGCCAAUCCACCAACUGCAUUUCUUCCUGCAUAUUUGUUGCACAAUUGGUUCCUGCUGAGUUGGUUCGCUCCUAGAGAUCCCUCACAAUUUCUAAUCUUUUCCGGCCAUCUGAUAUUGAGUAUUAAGCGAAAACAGUUGUUGAUAAAGGUCUGUAGUCUGGUCAAACUGCCGUUCGUGACGCUCAGUGCAAGUCUCUAAUCCGUAUAGUAGUACUGACUUUACAUUGGAGUUGAAAGUCCGAAUCUUGUUUUUCAUGUUGAGUGCUGUUUAUCUCCACACCGACUUGAGAGAAAUGAAAGCUUGCCUUGUUUUCUGGAUGCUUACUCUGAUGUCGUCAUCAAUUCUGCCUGUAGCUGAAACGAUGCUUUUCAGUUGGGUAGGUAUGCAGGUAGGUGAAAGAGGUUGUUUCUUUCAAAUUUCUUCCAUUGAUGCUGAUUGUUGAUGUUGCUGUUGGCCAGGAAUCUUCAUCUCCUCUGUUUUAUCUAUGUUCACCUGACGUCCUAUCUUCUCUCGAUGGUUCUUCUGCCAACUUGUUGCUUUUCAUUUGCAUGUCUUCCAGUUUGUGGGAUACCAGAAAUAUAUCAUUGGCGAAUUCCAGAUCCUCCAAGUGUUUUUGAGUGGAUCUAUUUUAUGCCUGUUUCCUCGGUGCCCUCUAUCUGUCACAUUAUCCAGUCUACCGCAAUCAGGAAAAUCAUCGGAGAUAGUACGCAGCCAGCUUGUCUUACUCACGUCUUUACUCCGAAGGAUUCCGUGAGUUUUCCCGUUGUGGACUACUUGGCAUGCAGCAUUGUCGUAUAACUGUUGGAUGAAGUGUAUAAUUGUUGGCGGCACACCCUAGUAGCGAAGUAGUUGCCAUAUCACCUCUCGAUCGACUCCAUCUGCUGAAGGCCCUUUCAAAGUCAAUGAAGUUGAGUUAGAGUACUAACUGCCAUUCCAAGCUCUGUUCAAUGAUGAUCCGUCGUGUUGCGAUUUGGUUAAUGCAUGACUUAUUCCUUCCGAAUCCAGCCUGUUUCGGUCGAAGUUUUUCAUCCAGGUUGGCGUGUUUGAUUCUCUCCAGGAUGAUGCGGCUUAGUAUUUUGCUUGUUAUGAACAGGAGCAUAAUUCCGCACCAGUUCUUGCAUUGACUUAAGUCUCCUUUCUUUGGCGGUUUGAUUAGUAGCCUUUCUUCCAAUCCACAAGUACCUUACCCUCUUUUCACACUUUCUCCAGUAGUGGUGUCAUCAAGUCCGCUGAUGUCUCUGGGUCCAUCACCAAUGAUUCUGCAGGAAUUCCAUCUGGUCCUGCUCCUUUUCCAGUUUUUAGACAUCGGGAUUUCUGUUUCCGUCGGAGGGUUACUGUCCACUGGUAGUUCUGUUUCUACUUUUGGUAUUAUUAGGUGCGUUGUAGGUGGCGGUCGAUUUAGAAGUCUUUUGAAGUGUUCAACCCAGUGCUUCCUUUGUUUGACUUAUGUAAUUGGCGUCACAGUUAUUACAUGGUGUUUGGUAAAUUGUAUUAUUAUAUUUAGUUGAAUGUGUUGGGUCCUUAGGCUGACAAAGUUUUUCUCUGAGAGAGUUGAUUGAUUGUUUAGUUUAAAUGCCGCCAUAACUCCGGUGUCACUGAGGAUUCUGUAUAAUGCCUCUGAGGUUCCUUCUUUAUACGACAGUACAACAGAGACUUUGAAUUCUGUUAUUUUUGUCGUUAUCAUUACUAAUUUUAUUUUUGCUGUAGUACUUCAUACAUUUCUGAAUAAAUUCUGGUGUGUAGUUAUUCAAUAGUAAUAUUUUCCUUACUUGUUUUAUUUCAUUAUUUUAAUGUUCUGAAUUACUAGUUAGGCUUCUAGCGUUAUUCAUGAUGUCCAAUAAUUUGUGCUCG